AAACCGCGGCUCAAGGAGCUGGACAGGCACCAACGAUGGCUCUCGGCGAAGAUAAAAAGCUUUAUGAUGGAUUCUUCAGCAUUCUGGCGAAGAUCCAGAAAAAUCCAUUCCAAUUCAUGCUGGCUGUUUGGUUAGUCAUGUGCGUUGGAGCGUGCAACAAGUUUUUCCUUUUCCCGAUGCCAUGGAUUGCCGGCCAGUCAGAAUGCAGGAAAGAAGUGCUGAGCCCCCCGUUCAAGUCGACUUCGGUCGCAUCUGGAACGUUCACCUACACUCCAGCUGCAUGGAUCCAGGUGAAAAACAAUUGCACGGAGAAAGCAGAAGUCUUCACGUUUGUCACCGAGAAAUUCACCUUGACCACGUCAAACUUCGUCUUCUUCGGCAUCACCAAGGCCAUAUUCAAUUUCACAGUAGGCGUGCUCUCUGAUAUCUUUGGUCGCAAGUGGGCUGUUGUGAUUGGUUGGGUGCUUUCCUUGCCCAUGCCUUUCAUGGUUCUGUACGCGAAUGACUGGUGGACUGUCGCGACAGCCAACAUUUUCCUUGGCAUUCAACAAGCGUUGGUUUGGAGUGCAACUAUCUUCAUCAUGAUCGACUAUCUCGGCCAGGAGCACUCGGGCACGGCUGUUGGGAUCAAUGAGACUAUCGGAUACACGGUGAUCGCCAUCGUGACUGAGAUAGCUGCAGCCAUUCUCGACGAGCACCAUCCUCGUCGCGAGAAUUACUAUGUCGUCCUCGCUAUCAUCGGCUCCAGCAUUGUGAUCUCAACCUUGUUUCUCAAGGAGUCCAAACCCUUGGCAGUAGAUGAAGAAUCUAAAAUCACGGGCCGAUCCAAGGAAACCAUCGAGAAAUCCAAAGAGACCUCGCUAGUGUGGCCCAGCGGCAGAAAGACCCAGGUGGAGGUUGCAAGGAGCGCGUUCAUCUACACAAGCUUCAUCAACAUGUCGCUUGUCUCCAUCUGUUUUGCCGGCCUCAUGGUCAACUUCAUCACCGGGUUUGUGUGGGGCCUCUUCACCAAGUGGAUGAAGAAUGGCCAGGCGAACCGCUGGAAGCCUCUCAGCAAGGGUGACAUCGCCAACAUCGUUCUCUGCUACGGUCUCUUCAAGGGAGUCUUGCAAUUUAUCUUUGGCUUCAUCGGCGACAGGUACGGCAGGAAGUUUGUCAUCAUCUUCGGCCAACUGUUCAAUGUCCUCGGACUCGUCGUCUUUGUUGGCACUGGCCUGGACGAGAACGACCCGAGGGUUGGCUUCUUCUUUGGCGCCAUCUUCCUCGGCCUUGGUACCGCCAUGAUGUAUGCCAACAAUCUCGCUGCGGUUUGCGACCAUAGCGACCCGUCCUGGAGGUCGUCUGCCUUGGGAGCUUACAGAUUUUGGAGGGACCUUGGCUAUGCUAUUGGAGCUCUAGUCACAGGCUCUGUAGCUGACUGGAUUGGUAUCCCUUGGAGCGUCGGUGUGACUGCGAUUCUCGUCGCUCUAUCUGCAGUGCUGCUCCUCAUCUGCUAUAAGGAAGUGCCUGCUGGAGGGGUUGUCGAGGUCUCAGCGGAUACCAAGCUGAGCACGGAGGGAGACGUGGGUCUCAAAGCUCAGAUGACUCCUUCCGGCUCGCAGAUGCUGCUGAUGGGAGGGCUGGACGUGGCACCUCCGAUGGUUUUCUUCCCGCCUCCUCCUCAGCCUUUCCCCACCAUGGGGAUGGCCUGAGUCAUCCGAAUCACCCGGCCGGGUUCGGCUGAAAAGGCCCCGGCAGGCUGGCGCAGGCGGCGAGGCUGCCAGCGCGUCAAAGAAGAAAGGAGGUUGCAAGUUGGUCAGUGUUGCUGAGUUGGGAACAAAACUUUCCACUUGGUCAUUCUUAAG